GAUAACCCCACAUUUGAGAUCAGUUAUAAACGACAUGGCCUACAAGAACCAAACGAUUCCGGUCAAAGAAUAAAUGGUAGUGAAUUAUAUGAAUUUAUAAUUUUUGAUCAGCUUUGCCGUUUGAUCACUCGGCUAUUGGACAAUCAAGUGCUUAAAGGUAUCACAGCCGAUUUCACAGAACACGAAAUUAUUGACAUGUGCUCAUUGUUACCGGAACAAUUUAUGGCCGAUCCUGCUGUUCUCGAACUGACCACAGAAACUCCGCUGAUGAUCGUCGGCGAUAUAUACGCACAAUACGGCCAUCUUGUUCGUCUUUUUCACUAUUACGGACAUCCCCCAGAACAAAGAUACUUGUUUUUGGGUAAUUUCAUCAGUUCCGGUAGUCGUUCCAUCGAAACGUUAGCUUUGCUUCUCGCUUACAAACUUCGUUAUCCAAAGUCGAUUUAUCUUCUACGGGGCAAACAUGAGUGCGCCCGAGUGGCCAAAUUCUACGGAUUUUACGACGAGUGUCUCAAACGAUUCUCCAGACGCAUUUGGAAUGCUAUCACCGAGAUUUUCAACUACUUACCCGUGGUUGCAAUUAUUGACGAUCGGGUUAUGUGCGUACACAGUGGCCUAUCUCCCAUCAAUCUGAAAAAGUUUAUCAAGAAAUCAAUCUCACUACCGACAGAUAUCGAAUCCAAUCGGCUAUUGAUGCAUUUUGUCUGGUCUGAACCGGAUGAAGAUAUACAAAACUGGGAUCAAAAUCCAGCCGGACGAGGUUAUUUGUACGGAACCAAAGUGGUUCAAGAUUUUUGCGAACGAUACGAAUUACAACAGAUCAUUCGUUCCAGCGAGAUGGUUCGAACUGGAUACGAGUUUUUUCCAUGUCCGAAACUAUUAACUGUAUUCUCCGCGCCUGAUUUCAUGGAGAUCUAUUCCAAUGAUGGCGGCCUGGUCUAUUUAUCCAACGUGGACAAAGACGCGGAGCGGCGCUGUGUGUUGAAACUGGUUCAUCCGAUCAUUCGUUUACGAUGCAAACAAACGUUGCGCAUGAAUAUGACAUUUGACGAACUGCCCAUCGAUCUGGGUACUGGUAAGUUCCAUUAA